UCGCCCCUCAUUCGCCAUAUUUCCUGGAGGAAUGCGCUGGAGGAGAGCGGCACUGAGCCGGUUCACAGUUAUCUCAAACACCCUGCGCUCUGUUUAACGCCGCAAAACAGCCAGAGAGUGACAAACAUCAUGAAUCUCUUUAGACUGACCGGAGAUCUGUCUCAUUUAGCUGCCAUCAUCAUCCUGCUGCUCAAGAUAUGGAAGACCAGAUCGUGCGCAGGUAUCUCUGGGAAGAGCCAGAUACUCUUCGCCUUGGUUUUCACCACUAGAUACCUUGAUCUCUUAACGGCCUUCAUCUCUCUUUACAACACAUCCAUGAAGCUUAUCUACAUUGGAUGUGCCUAUGCCACCGUAUACAUGAUCUACGUCAAAUUCAGAGCAACCUACGAUGGAAACCAUGACACUUUCAGAGUGGAGUUCCUAGUGGUUCCAGUGGGAGGCCUUGCCUUUCUGGUCAACCACGACUUCUCUCCAUUGGAGAUCCUGUGGACCUUUUCCAUCUAUCUCGAGUCAGUGGCCAUCCUGCCUCAACUCUUCAUGAUUAGUAAGACCGGCGAGGCUGAGACCAUCACUACCCACUAUCUGUUCUGUCUGGGGGUCUACCGUGCCCUAUACCUCUUCAACUGGAUCUGGAGGUUCUACUUUGAGGGAUUCUUUGACAUGAUCGCCAUCGUUGCUGGGGCCGUUCAGACGAUUCUCUAUUGUGACUUCUUCUACCUUUAUGUCACUAAAGUGUUAAAAGGAAAGAAGCUGAGUCUACCAGCCUAAGUGCCAAAGAACAGAGAGCUGUGCCUCCAUCAGACUUAUAGAGGAGCACAGGCCAAUAAUGCCACUGCUCAAUCACCCAUUUCUUUCCACUCCACCUGGACACCAUCAGCCAUCCCCUUACAGCAACAAGGACUUUUUUGCAAACUUUUUUGUUCUUCUGUCUUUAGCAUCUUGUGAUACUUUAUUUUUUAUUGUUAUUAAAAAAAGAAAAAGAAGAAAAAACUUUUCUAUAAGCAGGGUUGAUUGAAUGAUCAAGCAUUAACUCCAGUUAUUAAUUGCAUCAUUGUUCAAUUGUCCAUGAUUAGAAAUGGUUCCCAGAGUGUUUAAUACAUUUGUGGUUUCUUCCUGAUUUAAGAGGGGAAGAAAUGUAA